AUGUACAAUAAGCUUGAUCAAAUAUUUAAUGAGGUAAUACCUAAAACACAUAUACCUCAAUCUGCGACAUUUCCUAAGUGGUUUACAGCGGAUAUAAUUUUUGAUCUAAAAAACAAGGAAUAUCAUCGUCAACGGGCCAAGCGUGAUAAAUCUGCUUAUCACGAGCAACGCUUUAAAGAGCUUAGAAAGUCGCUCAAAAUGCGUAUCAAACAAGCUCGAGCUAAUUAUAUUGCAAAAGCUGAGACCAAUAUAAUCUCGGAUCCUAACUGCUUCUGGAAUUACACUAAGUCGUUAUCAAGUAAUACAAAACCAUCGCGAGAAAUUAAAGUUAACAAUAAACUCGAGUCUGACCCUCAAGUGAUAGCUGAUGGCUUUGCUGAGUUCUUCAGUAGCGUAUUUGUUUCGUCUGACAUUACUUUUUCUAAUAAUAGUAUACCAGAUCUUAUUGGUAAUCUCGCAAUUCCAGGCAGUUUGGAUAUAAUCAGGUAUUGUAAAAAAUUGCCAAACAAAUGGUCUGCUGGUACAGAUGGUAUUCCUUGUUGUAUUGUGCGCGAAUGCGCUGAAGCAUUCAGUAUUCCACUAACAAUUAUUAUACAAUCUUCAAUUAUUCAUGGAACUUUUCCUGAUAUCUGGAAACAGUCCAAAGUAUGCCCCAUACCUAAGACUGGAAACUUGACAGAUGUUACUCUGUCCAGACCCAUAGCAAUACUUUGCUCGUUCUCCAAAGUACUGGAGAUGUAUAUCUAUGAAACAGUCUUCAGUGAGUUUCAGCCCAUUGUCUCUCCACUUCAGCAUGGCUUUAUGCCCAAACGCUCAACAGUAACUAAUUUAGUAUAUUUCACUCAGCUUGCUAAUGAAACUCUUACUGCUGGGGAACAACUUGACACUGCGUGA